GUGCUGAAGACAGAGGGCACCCGCGCCCAGCCCACAGCCGUCGCCCCGCCGCCAGCGCGCCAGCUCGGGGCGGCCGGAGAGCCGCCAAUGCCCGCUCCCAGCAGGCAGGGAGCCACUGCCUCAGCCGGCCAGGUUAAAAGUCACUAGGAUGACAGCUGUCCUGGCACCUUCAAGAGUGAUGCUGUGAGGCUUCGCUGUCAUGGUAUUUGGAGCAACCUGGCCGUCAUCGGGGAGAAGCAGAUACCAUUUCCUACAUGUCCUUAAACCAUGUGCAGGCAAGGGGAGCCCAUGAAAUUCGUAACCUGGGUCUGGAUGACAUCGUGCAACAAAAUGAUUGGUGUGCUGCUGGUCUUUUUCCCUGCUCUGCUCCUGGAGAUGGAAGUGCUGCCCAAGAGUGGUGGUCGGAAGGUUCUUCUCUCUGCAGCCUCCUCACAGCGGUCAGUGGCUCGGAUGGAUGGGGAUGUCAUCAUCGGGGCCCUCUUCUCUGUCCAUCACCAGCCACCAGCCGAGAAAGUGCCCGAGAGGAAGUGCGGGGAAAUCAGGGAGCAAUACGGCAUCCAGAGAGUCGAAGCCAUGUUUCACACUUUGGAUAAAAUUAACGCAGACCCGGUCCUGCUACCUAACAUUACCCUGGGCAGCGAGAUCCGAGACUCCUGCUGGCACUCCUCCGUGGCCCUGGAGCAGAGCAUCGAGUUCAUACGGGACUCUCUCAUCUCCAUCAGGGACGACAGGGAUGGAGGCACCCGCUGCAUUUCCGACUCGCAGACCCAGCCCCAGAGCAGAGUGAAAAAGCCCAUCGCGGGGGUCAUCGGCCCCGGCUCCAGCUCAGUUGCUAUCCAAGUCCAAAAUCUGCUCCAGCUCUUCGACAUCCCCCAGAUUGCCUACUCUGCCACCAGCAUCGACCUGAGCGACAAAACGCUGUACAAGUACUUCCUCAGGGUGGUCCCCUCCGACACGCUGCAGGCCAGGGCCAUGCUUGACAUCGUCAAGCGUUACAACUGGACCUACGUCUCCGCCGUGCACACGGAAGGAAAUUAUGGGGAAAGUGGAAUGGAAGCCUUCAAAGAGUUGGCUGCCCAAGAGGGUCUCUGCAUUGCUCACUCUGACAAGAUCUAUAGCAAUGCUGGUGAGAAGAGCUUUGACCGCCUGCUCCGCAAGCUGCGAGAGAGGUUACCCAAGGCCAGAGUGGUGGUGUGCUUCUGUGAGGGAAUGACUGUCAGGGGCAUCCUCAUCGCCAUGCGGCGCCUGGGAGUGCUCGGGGAGUUCCUGCUAAUUGGAAGUGAUGGCUGGGCAGACAGAGAUGAGGUCAUUGAAGGCUAUGAGCCCGAAGCAAAUGGAGGCAUUACUAUCAAGCUGCAGUCUCCCGAGGUGCUGGCGUUCGAUGACUACUACCUGAAGCUGCGGCUGGACACCAACACCCGCAACCCCUGGUUUCCCGAGUUCUGGCAGCACAGAUUUCAGUGCCGCAUUCCAGGGCACCCACUAGAGAAUCCCAACUUCCAGAAGAAUUGCACUGGCAAUGAGAGCUUAGAAGAAAAUUAUGUGCAGGACAGUAAAAUGGGAUUUGUCAUCAAUGCGAUAUACGCUAUGGCUUAUGGGCUACAAAACAUGCAUCAUUCCCUUUGCCCUGGACAUGUUGGACUGUGUGAUGCUAUGAAGCCAAUUGAUGGCAGCAAGCUCCUGGAGUUCCUCCUCAAAUCCUCAUUCAUUGGUGUUUCUGGAGAAGAAGUUUGGUUUGAUGAAAAGGGAGAUGCCCCUGGAAGAUAUGACAUCAUGAACCUACAGUACAUAGAGCCCAACCGCUACGACUAUGUCCUCGUUGGGACCUGGCAUGAGGGUGUGCUCAACAUUGAUGACUACAGGAUUCAGAUGAAUAAGAGUGGAAUGGUCCGAUCCGUGUGCAGCGAGCCUUGCCUGAAGGGCCAGAUUAAGGUGAUCAGGAAGGGAGAAGUGAGCUGCUGCUGGAUUUGCACUGCUUGCAAGGAGAAUGAAUUUGUUCAGGAUGAAUUCACGUGUAAAGCCUGUGAGCUUGGCUGGUGGCCAAAUGCUGACCUGACAGGCUGCGAACCCAUCCCUGUAAAGUAUCUCCAGUGGAGCAAUAUAGAGUCUAUUGUGGCCGUGGUCUUUUCCUGCCUGGGGAUCCUGGUCACCAUGUUUGUCACCCUUAUCUUUGUGCUCUACAGAGACACCCCUGUUGUCAAGUCCUCCAGCCGAGAGCUCUGCUAUAUUAUCCUGGCUGGCAUCUUUCUGGGCUACGUCUGCCCUUUCACCCUUAUAGCCAAACCCACCACAACGUCCUGCUACCUCCAGCGCCUUCUGGUGGGCCUCUCCUCCGCCAUGUGCUAUUCUGCCCUGGUGACCAAAACCAACCGCAUCGCGCGCAUCCUGGCGGGCAGCAAGAAGAAGAUCUGCACCCGCAAGCCCCGCUUCAUGAGCGCCUGGGCCCAGGUGGUCAUCGCCUCCAUUCUGAUCAGCGUGCAGCUGACACUGGUGAUCACGCUGAUCAUCCUGGAGCCCCCCAUGCCCAUCCUCUCCUACCCCAGCAUUAAGGAAGUUUACCUUAUCUGCAACACCAGCAACCUGGGCGUUGUGGCUCCUGUGGGCUACAAUGGACUCCUCAUCAUGAGCUGCACGUACUACGCCUUCAAGACUCGCAAUGUGCCUGCCAAUUUCAACGAGGCCAAGUACAUUGCAUUCACCAUGUACACCACUUGUAUCAUCUGGCUGGCCUUCGUGCCCAUCUAUUUUGGGAGCAACUACAAGAUCAUCACCACCUGUUUUGCAGUGAGCCUGAGCGUUACAGUGGCUCUGGGGUGCAUGUUCACUCCUAAGAUGUACAUCAUUAUAGCCAAGCCUGAGAGGAACGUCCGCAGUGCCUUCACCACCUCAGACGUGGUGCGUAUGCAUGUCGGGGAUGGCAAGGCACCUUGCAAGUCCAACACUUUCCUCAACAUAUUCCGGAGAAAGAAGCCAGGGUCUGGAAAUCCAAAGAAGAGGCAGCCAGAGUUCUCGCCCACCAGCCAGUGUCCGUCGGCACAUGUGCAGCUUUGAAAAAUCCCUGCAGUGAAUGUGUAAGAGAAGCUGCAUGACAAAGAGUGGUUUUACCCCUUGCUUUCUUUUUCUCAUUGGUUUAUCAUGUCUAAUGAUGGGACAAAUGUGGUGCAUGCCAUUAAAGAUGGGAAAUUUGCUUAUGUCCCCUUGUUUCACACAGUACUUUAAAUAUUGUCCGGAUGUGAUUAAGAGGACACUGAAUAACUUUUUUGCAGCUUUUACAUUUUUUAUUUCUAAAUGCCUACAACUUUGCAAAUUUGUCCUCUUUCUUGUACUAAUUUUAUCUUCUUUUUCCAUUUAGCCAACAUUUUUCUCCUUUUUUAAAUUUUGCAUAGAGAUGACAUUAUCCUGUGUGCUUUAUAUGGCAAGACACCUCUGCUGUGCACAGCCCUUGCUAACCCAUGCUUGUUAUUAAACUGUGGCUGCAGACCCAGCUGAGGGAGCACAGAAAACAUUUAUUCAGUGGGAUUUGCAGAAAACAGUGAAAUCACAAAAAGGCACAUGUAAAUAAAACCAGCAGGAUUUGGUGUAGGAACAAACAGCAUCUCAAAAUAACAGCAGUGAAUCUUUUUUUCUGUUGUAUUUUCUGAAAGAUGUUCAGAUUCUGCAUAGUUCUGCAUUCAGCAAACAAUAGUGAAGUUCAGCUCUUCAGAAGCAAGAAGUGCAAAUUCUGUCCUCUCUGAGCAAACACAAACACAGUGGAGAAAACAAGCAAGCUGUUGCAAAAACCAAAAGACUUCACCUCAUUUCUUCCAGAUCUGUGCUCAUUUCCAUCUGAUAAGCAGCAGAUGUGUAACAGUCUUGCUCCCUGCCCCAGGGAAGAUUGUGCAGUGACUCGGUGGAAAAAUCCUUGUGAUCCACUGACACAGCAUUUUGGGCAGUGCUGCUCACUGCAACCAGAGAUGCUGUUGCACUGCUCUGAGUAGUGCAAAGCAUUUUAGUUCUAUGUGUGUCUCUGAGAGUCUAUGUAAUUUGUGGGCAUAUGGCAACGAUGUUCAUUCAAUCCAACCUGCCUCUCUGAUUUGCAGAUCAGAAGAAAUCCACAAAAUGCAUCAUACAUUAGGGGUUUUACGGCACUUGUGCAGCAACCAGUUUUGGCACCCUAAAAGGCAAAUUGAACACAGGCAGUGUAAGGAGCAGUACAACCUAUUUGUUACUAUGCUCCAGUCAGAACAAUAUGCCCCUUUUUCCUGAACUGGAACAAGCGCUGAAAAUUAUCAAGGUACAGAUCACCAAUUGUCUGUCUGGAAAUUCAAAUGGGAGUCCAACACAGGCAUACUAUUAGGAGGCAAAAGCAAAUGCAAUAACAGAUUCUAAUCAGAAAAGCAUGGGCACAAGCUGUGAAACUCCUGAGCACAGGGAAAGCUGAACCUCCUGCUUUUAGCAUGACCAUGCUUAGAAUAUUUUUUUUCAGUUUGGAAAAAAAAUCCUUAUCCACAUGAGCUCCCGAGAAACACCUCUGGUGUGCCUCCAACCCGUCAACAUGUCCGAAAAUGCUUGUGGUGGCUGCCCAGAUAAGAACAGCUUCAAGAAGCAGGGGAGGUUUUCAGAUCUGCUGAGCAUGAAGCUUGCUAUUUUGGCUUCUCUGCCUGUGUCUGCCCCUCAGGCUUCUCCCUCCUUCCAGCCAGAGCUGAUGUGUCCAGAGGCCUGGCAGAGUUGCACUGUGGCUCAGGGAAGGGCACGUGCUCCAUCAGCAACCUGAGCUUCCUGUGGCCACACAGCCCAGUUUGAGCAGUAGGCAAUUGUCCAUUGUAUAACCAACUGCCCAUCACCACCAUCUGGUCUCAGUCUCAUUCACCAGCACUCCAGCAGUUUGUAAAUCCAGGUUUUCCUUAGAAGCCCUGCUUUACCACUCCAACAUGCUAUAAAUCACCACACAUGCUAUGGUUUCCCUCAGCUCCCACCUGCAAGCAAGUAGAUGCAGACUCUUGAAAUUGUCUUUAGCAUCAUUUUUU